CACAAAUGGUACUUGGUCUAGAUGCACAAAAUCAAGCAGCGUUGUUAAAGGUGGUUAUUCUCGGUCUCAUCGCUGCUGUCGCCAUAGGAAGUCGUCUAUUUAGUAUCGUACGCUAUGAAAGUGUAAUUCACGAGUUUGACCCUUGGUUUAAUUAUCGGACCACGCGACACCUGGUCUCCAACGGGUUUUACGACUUUUGGAAUUGGUUCGAUGAGAGGUCAUGGUACCCGUUGGGUCGGGUGGUUGGAGGAACUGUAUAUCCUGGGAUAAUGGUCACGUCAGCUGUAAUUCAUAAUAUAUUACAUGCACUAAAUUUUCCAGUAGACAUUAGGAAUAUAUGUGUGUUAUUAGCUCCAUUGUUUUCCGCGUUCACUGCUAUCGCCGCUUACUUGUUAACAGUAGAAAUUAAAGAUUCUUCCGCUGGGUUAUUAGCGGCUGCUUUUAUCGGAGUUGCACCUGGUUAUAUUUCUCGGUCAGUUGCAGGAUCUUAUGAUAAUGAAGGGAUUGCGAUCUUUCUGUUAGUUUUUACGUUUUAUUUGUGGAUUAAAGCAUUGAAGCUUGGAUCUGCAUUUUGGGGUGCAUGGACCGCGUUAUUUUAUUUUUACAUGGUUGCUGCUUGGGGUGGUUAUGUUUUUAUCAUUAAUUUAAUACCUCUUCACGCGUUUGCCUUAAUAUUAAUGGGGCGAUUUUCGAGCCGUCUUUACGUUUCAUAUUCAUCAUUUUAUGUGCUCGGGACACUUAUGUCUAUGCAAGUACCAUUUGUCGGUUUCAUGCCUACGCGUACAAGUGAACACAUGGCCGCAUUGGGGAUAUUUGGUUUAUUGCAAAUUAUUGCCUUUGUGGAACUUGUUAGAACUCAUUUGUCGACAACUCAAUUCCAAAUUCUUUUCAGAGGGUUUAUUGUCGUGUCAUUUGUUGCAAUGUUCUCUGCAUUGGUCUUCUUGACUUAUUUUGGAUAUAUUGCCCCUUGGACUGGUCGUUUUUAUUCAUUAUGGGAUACUGGAUACGCCAAGAAAUACAUUCCAAUUAUCGCAUCAGUUUCCGAGCAUCAACCGACUGCUUGGCCUUCUUUUUUCUUCGAUCUCGAGAUGCUGAUAUUUUUAUUCCCCUCUGGAGUUUAUUUAUGUUUCCGAGAACUUCGUGAUGAACAUGUUUUUGUGGUUUUGUAUGGAAUCACAGCCUCAUAUUUUGCUGGCGUAAUGGUUCGACUUAUGUUAACAUUAACGCCGAUAGUCUGCGUAUCAUCUGCAGUUGCUCUCUCUUGGCUGUUGGAUACAUAUCUUGAUGUGUCGGCACUUGAAUCCUCUCCCGAAGAACAAGAACCGAUUUCUGACAGUAAAGUUACUGAAAAGCUCGGUAAAAAGAACAGCUCUGAGAAGACAAAAAAAGGACCUCAGAACACAAGCAAAACACUCGAUAAAAAGAAAAAGAAAGAAUAUUAUGGAAUACUGGGAAUUGAUACCCGAAUGAUAGUUGGAAUGAAUUUCUUAUUCUUUUUAUGGAUAUUCACAUGGCAUUGUACAUGGGUCACCUCGACAGCUUAUUCCUCGCCGUCCAUUGUUCUUGCAUCUCGUGCAGCUGACGGAUCAAAUUAUAUUAUUGAUGAUUUUCGAGAAGCUUAUUAUUGGCUUAGAAAGAACACUGAUUAUUCGGCAAAGAUUCUAUCGUGGUGGGAUUAUGGAUAUCAAAUCGCAGGAAUGGCAGAUCGAACGGUGUUAGUAGAUAACAAUACGUGGAAUAAUACUCAUAUCGCUACCGUUGGCAGAGCUCUAGCAUCUAAUGAAAAUGUUGCAUAUGAAAUCUUGCGUCGACACGAUGUUGAUUAUGUGUUGAUUAUAUUUGGUGGUUUGUUGGGAUAUUCAGGUGACGAUAUUAAUAAAUUUCUUUGGAUGAUUCGAAUAGCAGAAGGAGUAUAUCCGGAUGAAGUGAAAGAGAGGAAUUUCUUUAAUGAGCGUGGGGAGUACCGAGUUGGUGAUGAAGCUACACCAACUAUGCGAAAUAGUAUAAUGUAUAAAAUGAGUUAUUACAAUUAUAAUGAACUUUUUGGUGGCCAAGGUGUAGAUCGGGUACGUGGCGUCAAAUUAUCCCCAGGAAAAAUCAAGAUGCAUACAUUAGAAGAAGCUUAUACAACUGAGAAUUGGAUUGUGAGAAUUUUUAAAGUUAAAGAUCCAGAUAAUAUCGGACGUACUUUAGAACAAGCAACAGGUUUUGAGUCGGGAAAAAAAAGGCGUCGUGGCGCUAAAAAGCGAGUAAGCGGUCGAAGAGACAAAAGUUCAUAA